AUGAGACCCGAACAACAAAAUAUCUCUCGAUCAUUGUUAGAUUUUACGAAAAUUUCAAUUAUGUUUUACGAGCUUGGGCAAUCUUAUAUUUGGUUAACAUCCUAUCCUUUUGGUACUAAAAGUUGUGAUGUUCAACCCAAUUUAAUUUCAUCAUUUGUCAAUGGACAAUGUUACAGUGAUGGAAUUGCUAGCUUUAAAUACCUUAUCUCUGGAAAUACCUAUAAAAUAGAGAAUUUCAAAGAUAAAGCAUGUGCACAAUCCAGUUUUAUUGGACUAGCAGCAACUUCUGGAAAUUGUAUUGCUGGAGUAUUUAAAACUGAAGUAAAAUCUACUUUUGUCACUCCAUCAGUAGGAUUUAUUUACUAUGAAAGAUAUCCAUAA